AUAUUUGAAAUUCUUGCGUACUCUACAACAACCGUAUUAACAUAUAUAUAGUCGUGAACUUACAAAGUUAAAUAUUUAUUAUAAAAAGGGCUUAAUAUUUAUCAUUCUUAGCUUCAAAUUAUAUAUCUGGCAAUUUGGUGUAUUAGUAUUCUUAAACUGGCUCUCUAUAUAUAUCCUAUUUGAAAGUAUUAUUAUUUACAUUCUUACUUGUUUUCUUCUUCGUAACCCUCUCUGUCUUCUUGCUCUCAAAAAUUUUACUUGAUUUAGUAGAGAACUGUGAGACAAAUUAAAGAGUGUUUCUUUAUAUAUCUGUGUCCAACUGUUUUGUAUUCUUACUUCGAAACUCUCUCUUCCUCGUUCUGUGUCUCUUGUCCAUCUCACUAAACCAACAUGAUGAUACCAGAUGAUCAUCAUCACCUCUCAUUCCCCAGUUAUGUUCUUCACCAAGAACAGAUCACCCCAAAUCUUAACCCUAACCCUAAUCCUACCUCCUCAAACUCAAACAAAAGGAAAAGAAAUCUCCCGGGAAAUCCAGAUCCAGAUGCAGAAGUCAUCGCUCUAUCGCCAAACUCGCUCAUGGCUACGAACCGAUUCAUAUGCGAGGUCUGCAACAAAGGGUUUAAGAGAGACCAAAACCUUCAGCUUCACCGGAGAGGUCAUAAUCUUCCAUGGAAGCUAAAGCAAAGGACAAACAAGGAGCAAGUGAAAAAGAAAGUGUACAUCUGUCCCGAGAAGGCAUGCGUACACCACGACCCGGCUCGAGCCCUCGGGGACUUGACUGGAAUCAAGAAGCAUUUCAGCAGGAAACAUGGAGAAAAGAAGUGGAAAUGCGACAAAUGUUCCAAAAAAUAUGCUGUCAUGUCCGAUUGGAAAGCUCAUAGCAAGAUUUGUGGUACCAGAGAGUACAGAUGUGACUGCGGUACCCUCUUUUCCAGGAAAGAUAGUUUCAUCACACAUAGAGCAUUUUGUGACGCUUUAGCUGAAGAGAGUUCUAGAUUCGCCUCAGUUCCACCAGCCGCAACGGCAGCUCCAUUUUUGAACAAUUCCCCGGAUGCAGAAGUCAACCAUGGAAACGUCAAACUAAAUCAUCAGCAACCCGGUAUCAAUAUUAAUCGCCACAACAUUAAUGGCUUCAUGGGACAAGCCUUCGCCAAUCAGGUUUCCUUACCAGCCAACGUUUUUGCCUCCUCAUCAUUGCCAUCACCUCAUAGUGAAUCCGAUUCGCUUCAAAAUCUAUGGCAUUUACAAGGACAAUCAUCUCAUCAGUGGCUUCUCAACGAAAACAACAACAGAAACAUUCUACAAAGGGGAAUCUCCAAUAAUCAAGAAGAUCAGGACACUAAGAAGGGAAUUAUUACUAGUGAUUAUUUGUUCUCUUCGGACUCAAGCACCAAUUAUGAUCAAAGCGGUGGACAAGUAAUACCAUCCAUGUCAGCCACGGCACUACUACAGAAGGCCGCUCAAAUGGGAUCAAAGAGAUCAGAAUCAAGCUCCAACAAUAGCACGGCUGUUGGUCUAAUGACUUCCUCCAUCUUCAACAACAAACAUACAGAGAAUGAUAUCAAAACUAAGGAAGUUGAUGAAAGAGGCUUCACAAGAGACUUUCUUGGUGUGGGAAGUCAAAACCGUCCUUGGCCAUUAUUGAUGGUCAACCAUAGUCUUCCCAACAUGACUCAGCCGGCCACAACCGACGUUAUACCAACUACCGGUACAGCAACGGCCGGUACAGCAACGGCAGAAAUGAAUCACAAAACACAAACUAUGUAAUCCAAAUGACGAAUGGACAAUCAAAUACAGCAGUACAAAGCGAAGAAAAUAAUGAAAGAUUACAAUCUGAUUAUCUGAAUCGGAGCGAAUCCCUGGGUCAACUCGGUGCUGCAGACUGGGUCCUCUAACUUGACGAAGAUGGCUAUUUGGGUCCACUCCCUGCAUGCAUGCACAACAAACCAUACGCUAUGUCUUUUCGUAUUCUUCUUUUUUCUUUUUCUUGUAAUUAUUUAUGAUUUUAAUAGUGAAAGACUAAAACAAACGAGGACAAGUGUGUAUGUCGGUUAUGGAAAGACUUCAGGUAGGGUUUUUAUUUUUUGAAAAAACUUUAGGUAA